AUGACGGCCGACCUGGAAAAGCCGGAAAAGACGCAGAAACGGUUUUAUGUCGGCAGGAGCCUGGCGGCAUUUUGGCUCUUUGGAAUUUGCAACAAUUUCGCGUAUGUCGUUAUGCUCAGCGCGGCUCAGGACAUCCUACGAGUUGAAGAAAUGUCCUCAGGAAAUUUGACUGUCGCUGAAGAAGUCUGCUUGCCGGACCGAUCGCACCGAGUUUGCACUCAAGAGUCUGCCGGGCUAGUGCUUAUGCUAAAUAUCUUACCGAUGUUCUUUGUAAAGCUGAUAGCGCCGUUCUUCAUCGACUAUCUGCCUUAUGGUACGCGAAAUGCCCUUGUGGUGAUCACGCAAGCUAUGGCUCUGCUCAUUACAGCUUUUGCCACAAGUGUCCCGGUUGCUUUAACAGGCGUUGCCGUAGCUUCAAUUUCAUGCGGUUUCGGAGAGAUGAUGUAUCUUGGGUUGGCUGCUCACUAUUCAGCUAAUACUAUAACUUCCUGGUCAUCCGGUACUGGAAUGGCUGGAAUUUUGGGAUCAAUAUUAUAUGCAGCUAUGACCGAUCCUCGAAUGCUUGGAUUAAGCCCGAAAAUCUCGCUCCUCCUGAUGCUCAUCGCCCCUUUCAUCUUCACACUGACGUACUGGAUGGUGCUAGUCCGAGCUCCGACGGUGAGGAAAACCGUAUUCUACGAGCCGCGCACGUGGAUCGAUUGGGGGCCACGAUCAAAUGUGGAGAGACUGAAGGAGGAGAGGGAACGACCGAGUGAUGAAGAAGAAGACCGAAAAAGCGAUACCUUCGUCGAGAUCUAUGGCUCCUACUCCUCGCUCCGUCAGAAGAUCUCUAUCACCUUGGGCCUAAUGAAAUACAUGGUGCCGUUGGGUACAGUCUUCUUCGCCCAAUACUUCAUCAACCAGGGCUUGGCCGAGUUGAUCGUGUUCGACUGCGAUAAUAGUUUUCAUUCAUCACCAGAAUCGCAGUAUAAGUGGUAUCAGGUGCUGUACCAGAUCGGGAUUUUUAUCUCGAGAUCUGCAAUCAGUUUGAUUCCAAUGCCAUUUUGGGUUAUUGCUUGGAUGUUGCCAUUGUCGCAGCUGUCCAUCCUUGGCGUACUCCUCGUCGAAACCCUCUCCCCUUAUUUCCCACACAUCAUCGCUGCCUACGGUAUCAUCUUCCUCGAAGGCCUAACUGGUGGAAGUGCCUACGGUAAUACCGUACGCCAUGUACAUCAAAAUGUAAGCCCCUCCAUCAAAGAAUUUGCACUCCUAAUCGUUACCGUAUCCGACACGGUCGGUAUCCUCCUGGCCGCCGCCCUCGCCAUCCCUACACAUAACCAAAUCUGCGGAAUGCCCUACUAUAAGUGGUUC